AUGAGUAGUAUCUCACGUCCCAUUCGUCGUUCACGACGUAACGUUAACAUAGCAACAACAAGCACAAUGCAUCCAGAUGACAUGAUAUCAAUGGACUCAUCCGGUGGCGACACAUCACCUCCCACGCGACGGCGCCGUCUUAAUACUGACGAUCCCAUGGAGGGAUGUUCUAAAAGCGAAGGAGUCAGCACAAAAAGGAAAACUGAUGCGAAAAUAGAGCUAGGAGUACGGCUUAUAGCUCAAAUGCGAUACAUCCAUAGUAAUAGAAGAAAUGUUGCAUUAGAGAGGACAAAUAUUGGAAAUGAAAGUGAGAAUCAAAUUAAUCCUGGCAUUGUUAACAGCGAAUUGACAUUUGAAGAUGGAGUAAGUCUCGGAAUGUCUCUUAAUUCGCUGUUAGGUCCAGAAGCAAAACGAGAAGAUAUUGUCACCCGAAAGCAACACGUCCGACCAGUUUUGGAUGUACCAGAAGCAUCUCUUUCGCCCAUUGAAAUAAAAGUGGAAGAAAACAGCGCAGCAUCGCCCUGCUCUUCAUAUUUGGAGCAACAGCCAUCAACUUCAACAAUUACAGCACAUCCUGCAUCGUCGAUACCUUCAGCCACUGCUCAUUCUACGCCUCGAAGUUCCUCAGCGGCUGGAGUAGAGUCAAGUGUUGAACGAGUGGCUAAACAAGAAGCUCAAGUAUUAGCCCGAAUUGCCGAACUUCGAAGACAGGGUCUCUGGACAGCUUCCCGAUUACCAAUGAUUGAAAUGCCUCCAAGAAAUAAGACACAUUGGGAUUACUUACUGGAAGAAAUGCGCUGGAUGGCCAUAGAUUUUCGUCAGGAACGAACUUUCAAGCGCCAAGCAGCAAAAAAGUUUUCCUCUCAAAUUGCCCGAAUGUUACGAGAUCGAGAACAGGAAAAGGAACGAUCAGAGCAACGGGCUGUGCGAGAAGCAAAGCGCAUAUGUGCGCUCAUCGCAAAAAUGGUUCGAGACUUCUGGCAGAAUGUUGACAGAGUGGUUGAUUUGCAUGCACAGGAAAUAAUUGAAUCGAUGAAGCGGAAAGCAUUAGACCAGCAACUGGAAGUGAUGGUGGGUCAUGCUGAUAAAUUAAGUGAAAUGGUGCAGGAAGGUUUAAUAGGCGAAAAAUCAAGCAGAGCAUCGUCGCUGCGGAGUGGUGAUAUUACCAAAGAUGAAGAUGCUGCAAGUUUUUCAACCGAUUCGGAUGAUAUUUCACUUUCGGAUGCUGAAGCAGUGGAUGGAAAUGUUGAGGAGGAAAUGCAAGGAUUGAUGGCCGAAGGAAAUCUUGAACUUGAUGAUUUUCUUGAUUCGCUUCCUCGUGGGUAUUUGGAAAGUAUUUCGAAGUCGAGGCAUGAGGAGGAUUUAUUUGAAUCGACACAGGGCACAUCUGCAGAUUACAAACGCCCAGAAGGAAGCGAAGUUUCUACUGAAUAUACAGCGUCGGAAAUCACACAGGAGGAAGACUCGACACGUCACAGUGCAUCCAUUACGCAAAGCAUUUCAUCUGUAUCAGAAAAAGAAACGCUUGAUCCUACGCACAUAGAAAAUGCAGAAAAAGGCGCUAUAAGCGCUGCGAUAAAUUAUGAUCGGCUGACAUCAGAAAAUAGUGAAGAGAGACAAAAGGAAUUAGCGAAUAUUGCGGAGGAAGCUUUAAAAUUUCAGCCAAAAGGGUUCACCUUGGAAACUACUCAAGUAAAGACAGAAGUACCAUAUCUGGUUAGGGGCACAUUGAGGGAAUAUCAAAUGGUUGGUUUGGAUUGGUUAGUGACUUUGUACGACAAUGGCUUGAACGGCAUCUUAGCUGAUGAAAUGGGUUUAGGAAAAACAAUACAAACAAUAGCAUUGCUUGCUCAUUUGGCAUGCAAAGAAUAUAUUUGGGGCCCACAUCUUAUUGUUGUACCAACGUCAGUGAUCUUGAAUUGGGAAAUGGAAUUUAAAAAAUGGUGCCCGGCUUUCAAAUUGCUUACUUAUUUUGGUAAUCAAAAAGAGAGAGCUGAGAAGCGGAAGGGUUGGUCUAAAAUGAAUGCUUUCCAUGUUUGCAUUACUUCAUACAAAAUUGUUACGCAGGAUAUUCGGUCAUUUAAACAUAAGACUUGGCAGUAUUUUAUCUUGGAUGAGGCACAAAAUAUUAAAAAUUUCAAAAGUCAGCGUUGGCAAACAUUGUUAAACAUUCGAGCUCGUCGUCGUUUACUUUUAACGGGUACUCCGCUGCAGAAUUCUUUGAUGGAGCUUUGGUCACUUAUGCACUUUCUUAUGCCAGCUAUUUUUGCAUCGCAUAAUGAUUUCAAAGAUUGGUUUAGUAAUCCUCUAAAUGAUAUGAUGGAAGGUAAUGCUGAAUGGAAUGCUUCUCUAAUACAGAGACUUCAUAAAGUACUCAGGCCAUUUAUUUUGCGACGUCUGAAAAGCGAUGUGGAAAAGCAGUUACCUGAGAAAACGGAACAUAUUAUCCAUUGUCCUUUAUCGAAGCGGCAACGAUGUCUUUAUGAUGAUUUCAUGUCCAGGAGAUCGACGAGAGAAAAUUUGCGAUCAGGCAGUGUUAUGUCAGUAUUAAAUAUUGUUAUGCAGCUUCGGAAAUGUUGCAACCAUCCAAAUUUGUUUGAACCGCGACCGAUAUUGUCACCUUUUGUGAUGCAACCUCUUACCAUUACUUUGCCGGGUAUACUGUUAAACAUUUGUCAGGGAAGAGACCUCGAAGAAAUAGAUGUUUUGGAUCUUUUCAAAUUUUCACCUUCUUGUGGUUCUCUCUUUGCAUGCAGCGAAGGACGUCAUUUAGCUAUUAAUGAACAAAUGUUGAACGAUUAUCUUUCUAGCCCAGUGGAUAUACCAAUGCCAAAUUUAGGAGGGUUUCAUUUCUCACGACCACCACCACAGCUGCAUCCACAACCGCAAACGAGAGAAGGAUCAAAAGUUUUUAUGCCAGUUCCACUGCCAUCAGCGGGCAUUCCACGAGGAAAUGAGCUGUAUGUUUCAGUUGAUGAUCUUGGCAAUGCACGGGUUUAUCAACUGGUAGUUGAUAGUACAGGUGGUCAUACAGUUCGUGAAUGUGAACCAAAUUCUGUAGCUGGUAACCGUCUUUUAGUUUCCAAUGCAACAACUUCACAAAAUACUCCUGCUGCCAGGUCAUCAACUGAGCUCGCAGCGCAAUCAACACUGCAGACAUCGCCAAAACUUUUGUCAGUAAAACAGACCACAGUAGAGCCAACAACUACAUCUUUAUCCACAGCUGUUCCCUUACUCAAACCAGCUUUUCGGUCCACAACAAUUUUAUCGCAAACGCGCUCUUCAAGUGAUACCUGUUUAAAGGGUACUGGGACGGUGAACAAUGGCUGCACAUCACUUCCUGAAACUCAUAUUGCUGCAACAUUUCCGAUAAAUCGAGCACAACAAGUGAAGUUAUUGGAGCCGGAAUCUGCUAGUGUGGGUAAUACGGGUAGCGCAAUUGAUACCAACCGAGUUCAAGUUGAAGUGAUUGAAAUUGAUCAAGUGAAACCAACCGUAGCUGUGGAACAGGCCGAUGAAAAACUAGGCUUAUAUGACUUCCUUAUUUUGCCGGAUACAUCGAAAGCUGUGGAACAGGCAAAAGUAGAAAGUUUGCAGCGCUGUGCAACAAUUUGCUCUCGACGUUUAUUAUUUCCUAAUGUUUGUCGUACACCGUUGGUAUCAGAUGAACUAUUAUCUGUCAUCAAAAAAGAAUUAGGUCGGACGAAACAUCAUCGUUACAAUUUAUCAACAACAGAUUCGUUAGGAUGGUUGACACAGUCGUUGGUUGAUUGGACUAGUGAUGCAUCACAAAGGUUCACUGUUUUCGUACAUGGCGCUUUAGCAGAUGAACCUGUUUUGCAAAUUAAUACUACCGGAUGUCAUGCCUACAUAAGAAAAGAAUGGGAUGAUUUGAAUGAAGAAUGUCAUCGGAUGGUGUUGAAUUCUAACAGAAUAUUUUCUAAUAUAGAUAUGAUGCAGAAACUCCAGUUUCCGGAAUUGCGAUUAAUUGAAUAUGAUUGUGGUAAACUCCAAGUACUAAACAGCUUGUUGCAUGACCUCUUCCUUUACAAACAUCGCUGUCUAAUUUUUACACAGAUGGCACGGGUUUUGGAUAUCUUGCAAGCUUUCUUGUCGUUCCACGGUUAUCAGUAUUUUCGUCUGGAUGGGACGACUGGAAUUGAACAGAGACAAGCAAUGACUGAACGCUUCAAUGCCGAUCCAAAGAUUUUCUGUUUCAUUCUAUCAACUCGAUCGGGUGGCAUAGGUGUUAAUUUGACUGGAGCAGAUACGGUGAUUUUCUAUGAUUCCGAUUGGAAUCCAACUAUGGAUGCACAAGCGCAAGAUCGCUGUCAUCGUAUUGGUCAAACACGAAAUGUCACAAUCUACCGUCUAGUUAGCGAGCGAACAAUUGAAGAAAAUAUUCUGCGAAAAGCGAUGCAGAAGCGACGUCUCGGUGAAAUGGCUAUUGAUGAGGCGGGAUUCACGCCGGAAUUUUUCAAAGGGGAUAAUGUAAGAGACUUGUUCGAAGGUGUUGCAAAUGUAACCGAUGUCGUUGUUCCAGUGGCUGUGAUAGAUAAUAAAGAAAUUGAAAAAGCCAUGGCAAAAGUUGAGGAUAUACAAGACGUUCAUGCAGCACAGCGAGCAAAUGCUGAAGUAGAAGCAGAUAUUGCGGAAUUCGAUGAAAAUGGUUUAAUAGCUUCCGUUGAGAACAAUCAAGAAAAAAUUGAAUCGAAAUAUUUAGAACUAAUAAAUCAAUUAAAACCAAUCGAACGGUACGCAGUCAAUUUUCUGGAAGCGGAAUACAAGCCAGAAUUUGAAGAAGAAGUAAAAGAGGCUAAGGCUAUGAUUGAUUCAAAAAAAGAUGAAUGGAUGAAAGCUCAAGAAGACGCGAUGGAGGAAGACAAUGGUGAUAACCAGAGCGAUGAUGAGAUCUCAUUGACAUAUCUUACUGGUUCCGAUGUUCCUGGUUCUGUGGACGAGGUAAUUUGCCUGGAUAUACCUGGCGAAGAGAUGCUGACCUGGCUACCACCGUCACCUCCACCCUCUGAUAGUGGUGAUGAUAUUUACUAUGAUUCAACUGGUGAAUAUUGGUUUGAGCAAUUACCCAUGGCUGAGUGUCGCUUACCAACUACAAUUCAUGAACUUCAUCGUCCUCGUCCACUUACACCAACUUCAUCACUCGUCCCGGAACAAUUUGUACCUGAAAUUAUAGUCCCAUCAUCGGCAACAUAUCAAGUGACACCUGGUUCAAUGUCAACAAAUGUUGCAAUACCUCCAAUUGUUGCACUACCUCCAUCACCAACUGGCAUGUGUACUGUGGCUAGUGGUAUAGUCCGUGAUAUCGUAUCAUCUCCUACCGCAUCGCUAUCAUCAAUUUCGCAUGAACGUGGUAUCAAUUUAAUGCCUCAAACGGGUGUAUCAUCUGGUGCUGCUUACCUUGAUACAUCAAAUCUAUUAAGACCUACUACACCUUCAUGUUUGCCUGGUUCUGUUGAUGAUGCAAUUGAUAGCGUGCGAAAAUCAGCACAAAAAGCAUUAUCUGCUCAAGGAACACAGAGAUCUCAACCUGGAAGCGGUCGUCCCAGCUUGCUUGAUAGUCGUUCUGGAAAAACUGAAUUACGACGUCCUUUCACACCACCUCCACGAUAUCGCGAAGCAAUCGAUUAUGAUGGAACAGAAUGGAGUAUUGCAGAAGACUAUGAAGCGCUCAUGGUUUUAACUGAAUUGCAGCGAUUACCAAAUCAUUUACAUUCAUCGAAAAUUGGGCAAUAUGCAAACUGGGACAUGGUAUCGGUUUUGUUAGGCACAUCAUCCGAAAUUUAUCGUUCACCGCGACAGUGCUCAUUACAUUACCAAAUGGUUGUACAACCACGUGAAGAAGGACGUAUGGUUACAUUGGAUCCAAUAACGAAAAAAACACGGAGAGUUCCCCUAUCAACCGGAGAAAUGAUUCACAUGAAGCGUGGGCGUACCAAAACCGAUCAGCAGUACUUAGCCGACAUUCUUAAGCUCAUGUCAAAUCAAUACGAUAAAAAAGCUAAAGCGCUGAGAGCAGCAUCACUAAAGCAAACUGUUUUAUUCUAUCCUAAAACGACUGACGAUGAUAUGGAAAAAUGGUGUCCUACGCAGUCCCAAGAAUUGAAAUUUGCUGAGCUGGGAAUACGUUACGAUGCUACAACAACUUGUUCUGAAGUAGUUGAUUAUCGUAAUGAACGACGGGAGAAGUUACGUGAGCAGGAUCGUGAACGUUCGCGUUUGAAAGAAGAGGAGGAGCAAAAGAAGGAAGCUAUGGUUAUCGAACAACAACGAAGUCAUGAGCAGAAAUUAAUUCGUAAAGAAUCGGCAGUUACUGCAAUCCCUGGUAUUAUACAUUAUCAGAAAGUAAGUUAUGGAGCUGUUAUGGAACAUGCACAGCAACAACUUUCUGCAGCUUCAGCACCAGUGAUGACUACCCCUGCUGUUUCGACUGUGAGAACAUAUACUUCUGGUAGUUGCGUUCAAGGUCAACUUGUAAGCAAUAUAUCUGGACAAAGUACAACAUAUGCAGGUGAUGCUCCCCAAGUAAUUGUUAGUCAACGAACUUAUGUUGAUCACCCACAAGUGUUUCCGAAAUUCCAGGCUGUAUCCGGUGCUGCACCUGGUGCUCACCAGAUCAGUACUCGGCGUGUCGCGAUUUCGGUUGGUUCAGGAACUUCAACUCAGCAUCAAAUUAUUAUGACAGGAGGUGCACAGAUGGGAUCAUCUGGUGGCCAGCAACCAUAUGCUGUUGUUGUUAAUUCUCAAGACACUCUGUCUGGACAACAACUUGGUAGUCGUUUCCAGUACACAACGCGGCAAGAAGGUGUGGCUGAGCGACAGACUAUUUAUCGAACAAUACCAUCAACUGGAACAAAAAAAGGGCUCUCUGCACCUACUGCACAAAGGCAAAAAAUGUUCCAGAUUGCGACCGGAUACGGAACAUCUCCGGAAGCACAACAGCAGAUAUAUGCAACCACAUCACAUGCUGGACGAACGCUGAUUAUGUCGCAAGGAGAUGGUUCACAACUAAGCGAAACGGGUCAAAUACAAAUGAUUCGACCACAAAUCCAAACUGGUGGGAUGUCUGUGCGACAAGAUGCUCGGACUAAAAUAAAUCAGCGAACACCGGGUCGUUUAUAUGUCACAACAGCUGCUGGCGAUAGAACUUACCUGAUGCCGCAAUCACAAGUGCGAAUGAUGCCUAGUGGACAACGAAUUACACAAAAACGUACUGCAGGUGCAAUACAUGCGAAAACAAUUGGUGGUCAACCACAGGUUGCUAUGAUGUUGCCACGUGGAAGUCCUGUACAACAGAUACGAACAAUACCACGCAAUAUUGGUUAUCAAAACUCUCGUGUUCCAUCAAUUGGACUAGUUAUGAGUGGCAGUUCGAGAAACAGUGAAAAUGUCACUGCUUCUGCAACAACCAAGCAGUUAUCAUCUGCAGGUGGUAUUUCGCGACAAACAAUUUCGAGUGCUCCGUCAAAUACCAGACAGGUAACCGUCGCGGUACAAGGUAUCAGCAAUUCGACUCCCACUAUGUUACAAGAUCAUUCUGCGAGCAUUCCAGCUCAGCAAACACAGUACCUACCGCCAAUAACUCUUUCAAAUCAGGCCAGUGUUCAACAACGCUAUGUAACAUCGCAACCACCAAGCGGUAGUGGAGGCACACCUUCAGUUGCUAAUACCACAAGUGGAAUGCAGCCAUCUCACACAGAUAUUUCAUAA